AUGCUGCUACACUGGUGCACACUUGAGCCCUCUGGAGUAGGAAAUCUCGCUGCCAUUCGCUUCUCUUCCCCCGUCCGUGUGCAGUCUAUCCGUAUUUUUCCUACUGGUGCGCAGCCAUUUGCACAACAUCCGGAGAUAAUCAGUCGCACAGACCCACAAGCUUUUUAUCUUGAGCUUUAUUUCAAUGCUUACAGAGUUGUGCAACCUAAGUCAAGAGAGAAGCCAAAGCCGACCAAUGCACUCGUACCAACAGUCAUCGCUUAUGCAGGAGGGAAGUCAGAUUUCUAUGUCCUCAUGGGUUCGGAGUACGCUACUCGUCUCAUGAUUGUAAGGGGAGGCUACGAAAGCGUGUCGAUGGCCAUUUACGGUGACAUUAUAUCAGAGCUUUCCCCGCCACCCACGACAUAUGAGCCACGGCAAAUACCUUCAUUUGAGCCUAUUCCACUCUCACGGUCCCUGGACCCGUCGAAUUCACUCGAUCCAUGUACUCUCGCACGACAAUUGUUGUGCCUCAUUCCCGACGCUCCGUCACUGCCACUAGCUAUCCGUUUGGUGUUUUGCCUAAAACCUCCAAGCGACGAUUGGGAUCUUCCCGAGUUUCCGUAUUUACAUCCUGAUCUAGAUAGCGAAACAAGCAACUUCGACUUAGAACAAGCGUUUCGAUUGACUACAAGGCCUGUCCCUGACGAUGUGGCUGAUGAUACGUUAAUACGUUUUGCACAAAAUGUAGCCAGUUCGAUACGCGCCAAAGACAGUAGCCAAUCGUAUCUUGUAGCUGGGAUCCUGGCGCAUGCAGCAUCUCAACAUCCUAGUAUGUCCAGACACCUUUUGGACAAGUUGGAUCUCUCAAAAGUCUUUGACAGCUAUAAUAUGGAUGAGCUGACACUCCUAAGAAUGCAUGAUGCUGCCACCAACCCUGAUAUUGCAAGAUACCUUGACAAUGACUGGUUCUUGGAGAUAGUCGGUACCAUUGCCAGGGAUCCAAACUCAGACAAGGAGACGCAAAGCGCAGCUCACAAGCUAAUCCGGAGGAUCAGAGGCUGGAUUACGCUUGAAGAUGUCCUUUCGAAUACUCAAGGCGAUUUCAUCAGCGCAUGUGAGAUGCUCAAAGAUAUUGGCACUGAUGAACAGUCCCUCGGUGUAUGGUUAGAGUCGAUGAUCACCCAUGACAACAUUGCGAACAUGCUGAGCGAAAAUCCGAUCAUGCCUAUACCCCUUCCUCAUCCCCCUUAUCUGUUUGGCUUGCUGAAAUCGUCGGUGUCACACGAUGAAUUCAUUGCUUUUUUGAGAGCAGCCGUUGGUGUCUCUGCUGUCCUAGCAGUGUAUGCGUUCGCGGAUGCAUAUCCGCACAAGCUCUGCAGAGAACGUGCAUUAAGCAUCAUACGAUUAUGGCAAGGUGUUGAUGGAUAUCGAGAAAUCGUGAACCAUUUACUUCUACUGAAGCAGAUGACGUUCCGUCUUGAAUGUAUGAUGGACAAUGAUCCGCCUCGACGUGCGGGUCUGGACGCGGAACAUAUCCUCGUAAACCUUGCCAAGGAUCCACACGCCAUUCUACAUUAUGAUCUGAUCAAGUGUAUAUUGUCUCUCAGGCCACCGCAUUCAUUUAUUACCGACGAUGAGCGCGAGUCCAUGCGCCAAGCUGCAAUCGUCGCUGACGAUGGACUACCAGGGGCAAUUGACGAACUCAUGCGUCCAGUCGACCAUCCAUUGACGCUGACAAACUUGCGCACCCUGCGUGUAGCUCUUGCCGUCAUUGAUCAAGAGCUCGAUGAGCAGCGUGAAUUUCAGGUCUUGCAAGAUUUCUGGGAGGAAGGCUCUGUUGGACUCAUCAUGCGUCUCGUAGACGUCUUCGUACCCCUUUCCGAAGAAAUAAAGGGUCAAUUUGGUCUGAGACUUCCGGAGCACAAGCCACAAGAAUUGUUAUACCAGCUGUUUUGCGCGGCAGACGAGUUGCUGAAGCUCUCCCUCCGCCUUAUUCCGGCAUACCCGCUCCCCGGUCGUGCCAUAGCCACUUUGACAACCAGCGUCGCUGACUUGUUCGUCUGUACGGAUGCUGUCGACAUGCUUUAUUCACAAUCCAGCCCUACUUGUGUGACAGCACAGGGGACAAGACAGACAUGUAUAGACAUUGUGCGCACCCUCUCUGAUCCGGAGGUUCCCUCGGAGGGAGGCAAGCUUGGGGCUGAAGUGGUUCUAAAGACUCUGCUUCAGUCGGGGCUACACAGCGAAGAUUUGGAUCCCGUGCACCAUUUACUACAGGUGUUUUGCCUUGUCGACUUUCUGUUGCCUAUGCCAGGCGCUGGAAAUCGCCUGCCGUCCGUUUGGAUACAACGUGUGAUGCCUCUGUUGCUGAAGGAACUAUGGGCAUUUUGUAGCGUUCUGGACACGGAGAACAAGGCGCAUUUUAUCAAGCGACUUAUUAAUCUCGAUCGAGGUUUGGUCGGCGUGGGCGAGUGGCUUUUGCACGAGGAGCUAAAAGGGUUGCUGCGUGCCCUACAAUUUUUGGAAGACCCCGCCGUGGAGCUUCGCGAACGCGGACUGCGACAUUUCCAAGUUUCUAUGUCCCUGCACUUCUGGCUUGAUCUGGCAAGGAGUUCGUUCAUAUCUGCUAAGACGUGCAUUGAUUUCCUCACAACCGCGCAAGAAUCCCCUCAGACGUUCUCGGCAUGCUUAGUGUUACUGCUGAACCAACACUUUGUUUCUCCUGCGCUCACAGAAUUGGUAGAAGUCUUAGCAUCCGAACACUCGAAAAUGGACUCAGGGUUACGUGCUUCUCUUGCUCUUAUUCUAAUACGCGCAUCACAGAGUUUGGAAACACAGGCUGACUCGGUACCUAACCUCCUUCAUGAGUGUUUUGCCCUUUUGUCACACUCCCCAGCGGACAGUCUCGCGGACGGUCUUCGCUCCGAGCUUGGUCCUCUGUUCUCUCGACUGCAAGGCGAUACACAUUCCAUAAGCACUGUCACAGCCGAGCUCUGUGUACAAUUGCUAGAGUGGCUUGCGUCAUCAUCGAACUAUGCACAUUCUAUGACCCUGCAAGGGCUCACUAGGUCCUCUUACUCGGCAUUUUUGGAUCAACUUCGUGCUGUCUUGGAUCCUUCGUGGGCUGAGCGGUUAGGUGCACUGGAAAGCAGGAUCGUAAUUGCCGAAGAAGCAGAAACGGACCUGCAUUCGGUGUCCAUUCCGGACUUCGUUAAGCUCACCAUGCAUGACGUCGAAGAGCUUCUCCGAUCCAAUAUGCCCCCGCCAUCGACACCACCACGCAAAGCUUUGAAUCAAGAUGUCCUUGGACUAGUUGCGAUUUCGCCUCCAGCAUUAAUACGCUCACCGGCGUCGACGGGUCUCACCAAGACGUACAAUAAGAACGACUUCAGACAGUUGCGCCAGGCACCAUCAGCACGCCAAAACACCAGCAGGCUGCCGAGUAUGCAUGUAGAUGAAUUCGAGGGCGCGCCCUCCCCUAGCUUAGUGACAGUGCCAAUGCCGAUGCAGACGGCGGCAAUGCCGUUUCCUGCGGAUAAUUUUCAAUCGCUCGCGCCUCCAUUCAACCCGUUGUGA